AUGGACAAACCAACUGGAAAAGAGAAGCACAUCCUCAAGGGAGCAGUGAAUAUUGGCGGGAUAGCUUGCAGGCUGCCAAAUGCUAGAAACGCUCAGGAGUUCUGGGAGGGUUUGACUUCUGGCCGGGACCUCACUGAGCCCCACCGCUGGCCUGUUGGCUUGUAUAAUCUCCCGCCCAGGAUUGGGGCUUUACCUAACAUCAACCGCUUUGAUAAUGAAUACUUCAACUUCUCAGAUGAAAAGGUUGGUGGUAUGAAUCCGAUGUUAUGGCAGCUGCUUGAGGUUGUCCACGAAUGUGUGGUGGACAGUUGUCUGCCCUUGAGUACUCUCCGCGCAUCCAAGACUGGCGUGUACCUUGCUUGUUCUGCAAGUGACAUUGAUUCACUCCUUACAUCUGCACCUUUUUCGGAGGAGCACAAGUCUGAGUCCCAUUACCUGGUGACGGAGCUGACACGAUGGCUGGAUGUUACAGGCCCCGCUGUUACCGUGGAUACGGGUGAUAGUUCUAGUCUCACUGCUGUACACAUGGCUGUCAACGACCUCAGACAGAACAAAUGUGAAUAUGCUAUUGUGGCAGGAUGUAACCUCAUUUUGAAUCCUAUCAAAAGUCGACAAAUGACCAAUGAAAAUCUUCUGAGCUCUGAUGGGAGGAGCCACGUUUUUGACCAAUCAGAAGAAGGCACGGUCAGGGCGGAAGGAUGUGCAGCUCUUCUAUUGGCUUUCUGUGUUGACAUGGUACCUAGAGUUUAUUGCCUUAUCCAAGAUGCCCACAUGAAUUCUGGAAGAAGUAUGCAGAAUGAGACCAAAGGGGAGGUGGAUGCCCUACGUGACUUGUUGGAGGAAGUGUAUGAGGGAUGUGGGGUCGAUACGGACAACAUUGCGUACAUAGAGCUUCAGGGCUGCGGUAACACUAUGGAUGCUCAGAGGGAGCUGCAGUGUAUAUCAGGCGUGCUGUGUGGGGAGCGGGCUCAGGUUCUACCCGUGGGCUCACUCACUUCAAACAUGGGCAACAUGGAGGCUGCUGCAGGUUUAGCCGGCAUUAUCAAGAGUAUUUUAAUUCUUCACCAUAAGGAGAUUCCACCAAAUGUGAUAUUUUCCAAGGACAAGCCAUUGUUUUCUGAAGGCCAAGAGAUUUUGAAGAAAAUAAAUAUUGUGGAAAAGUCUUGUGCAGUCAAGGGGGAGAUAAUCGGUGUGAACAGUUGUGAAAAUGGUGGAGUUAACUCCCAUGUGAUCCUGCGGGCAUUCCACCCAGAUUUCGAUGACAGCUUCUGUCAGGUUCAAGGGGAUACUGUGGUCCCAUUCACUGCAAGAAACAUUGAGGGAGUUGAGAAGGUGAUCUCCUUUGUGGAAAACAAUCGCUUCAACACUGACCUGUUGAGAUUGAUGACAUCAUCAUUGAUGUCACAUGACAUGAACCAGCCAAUCAGAGGCUACAUCCACAUCAGCAGCAAGGAGGAGGACCUAGAUAUCCACCAUGACUGUGGCGCGGACGUCCCGGAGGCUCUAUUCCUGUGUAUAGAUGAUGUCCUUCAAUGUCCUGUCACAAUAUCCCCAAAUGUAUUGGAGUUAGAUUCCUUCAUGGAAGCUCUGAAUGUUUGCUCAAAAAGUAUUAGAUUGAUUGAACCAGAUUUGGACUUUGAGGAGCUAUUCAACAAGGGUGACUCAUUUGACCCUUACACAAGACAAGGGUUGUUAUUAGCUACUGCUGUGUAUAUUUCUUUGAUUGAUUGUCUGGAAGAGGCUGGGUUAGAGUUUGAAGGUGUGAUGGGGUGUGGUCUCUCUGAGGUUGUGGCUGCUUACAUCGAUGGGUGUAUCAGCCUGGAUCAGUGCUUCCAAACAAUGAACUGCAUUGGAAGUUUAUUCGAAAAGUAUAGGGAUGAAAACACUAGGAAUUGGUGCAGGAUGACAGUUGAUAUGCCAUUUGAUGAGGUGUUUCAGCUUGGCCCCUAUGCCCACUUUUCUGGAUGUGAGAGUGCCGGUGUAAGCCAGCUGAUAAUGGAAUCCUCCAGCUUAGACUGUGUGUUGGGAAAAGUGGAUGACCGGGGUGGGAUGUGUGUAAAUACAGAGAUGGACUGUGUGCCUGUCUACACUCCCCUACUGGCCAACUCUGUGGAACAUUUGCUAAGGGAUCUGAGGGACAUCAUACCCUCUCCUGCUUACAGCUCCCAGCACCUGUACUCAAGCCAGGUUGGCUGGGGCUCAGACAUUGAGGCCCCUCAGUGCCUGAUUGACCCAGGGUAUGUGGCCAGGCUGCUGGUAAGGCCCUGCAUGAGGUUCCAGGCCCUGUCACACAUGGCCUACCUGGGCCUCACUCUCACACUCACUAUGCUCAGAGAUAAUAUCAGGAGCUUGAAUGAGAGCAGCAUUGCAAACACCAGUGUAGGACUGCGUUACAAUGUGGCCUCGGUAAAGCAUGGGCUAGAUGAGACGGCAAGCACGGUGCCGUAUGGCGCUGACACCAGCAUGGUGAACGGUGUACCGGAGAUGAUGUGUCAACCCUCUGUUUCAUCACUCUGUAAAACGCUAGGAGAGCUGCAUAUACGAGGCUAUAAUAUAGAUGUAUGCCAGCUCUACCCCUGCAAAGAGGACACGUGUGGUAUUGAGAUGCCAUGUUUGAGCCCCCUUGUCACCUGGGACCACGCUGCCAUCUGGUCUCUCCCACAUUGGCUGCAGUUCUCAUGCACAUAUAAGAGUGAGAGGGUCCCAUACCUCAUACAGCAUGAUGAAGGGAUACACAGUGCCCUGUCUGUGCUGGUCUACCACUCUGUCAAGGCUAUCUCUGAGGAGGUCAAGAUGGAGAGUUUUCUGCCAGAAGGCUUAUCUGCAUACAAGCUGCCACUGCUGCCUUUAAGACUGUAUAACCUGACUGUAAUGGAUGACUCUGCACUGACUGCAGACAUGUGUGACCAGUCCACUGUGCACGUGCUGCCUUCAUCUGGCGACUUUUCUGUGUUAAAUGCCUCCUCGGUGUUGUUGAAAGGGAACUUCAAGGUCAAGGCCGACCCCAAUCUCCCUUGUAUUCCUGGAUACAACCUUGACAUUAAUGAAAAUGUCUCCAAGAAUUAUGACCGACCUGAGGAAUGUGAGAAGACAGAGAUUUGUUGGGAGGAUAGCUGGCUUGAUUUCAUCAAUGAGACCCUUGAGUUUGCUAUUGGCAAUCUUGACUCAACUCUCCAGGAGGUGACCUUCGACCCUGUUUACCACCACAGGGAGGCCAAGGAAUGCCCUAGUUUCCUUGCCAUCAUUGAGAAAAACACAGGUUUAUGUAGGUCAGGUGGUCUUUCCCUGAUGUUAAAAGCUGCCAGCAGGUCAAAUGACCUUGAACUUACUCAAUAUGAUGCCAGCCUUGAUGUGAGUUUGGUUGCCAGUGGCAGCAGCACUUGCUUAGCAACUACUGUCAUGAUGUACAGUAUCCAUAGCAACCAGAAAGAGAGACAGAAACUGUUACUAUACAAAGGAGAGCGAUCUGCCAAUGGAAAAAUGGAACCAGUGUUUGGAUUCAUAGAUCUUAGUGGUAAUGUGGAAGUGCAAGACAUUGAGUUGAAGAGUGAGAUAUCCCAUGAGGAGUUGGAGAUGUGUGUCCCUUACUUAAUGGCCGCCUACCUCCUGUAUGAUGUGGCAAAAAUGGAGAGUGGAGAGUCGCUGCUGGUGCUGCCACCCCAUGACACGACUGCAGUGUACAUGAUUGCCUUAGCCUGCCAACUUGGUGUGAGCGUGUACACAUGCACAGAGGAUAUAGAGACCUUGCACAGCCUACAGGGGAUGUUCCCAGAAAUUCAGGUGUUCCACGGGGGCCUCCUAUACACUGGACUUAUGGCUCACACAAGGGCCAUGGGUGUUGACAUCUGUGUGCGCAUGGCCAGUGGAGGUGUUAAUGAAGCCCUACAGUGUAUCAAGGCUACAGGGCAGUUAAUAAUGUGUGUUCCCCCAGGGUCUACAGAGAGAGUUGACAACGCCCUAGUGCGGGACAACAUCACAGUGUGUGUACCAAGAGUCUCCCAGGCCAUCAGGAGCUUCAUGGCCAAGUCUAAUGAGGAUCAGCAGGCUUUGAUAUUCAAUCUCCGAAAUGGAGACAUUGCUAAGCUUGCAGAGAGUGGCUACCCAGAGUCAAAGGGUCUCCUGUACAGCCAGGAGGAAAUAUCCUGCUUGGAUCCCCCAUUCCCUGUGCUUUCCCUCAUGAGGCACCUUACAGGGCCUGUCCAGGAAGGAGCCCUAGAGGAGGUUAGCCAGACUGUUCGGCUGGCCAUACAGAAACUACAGGAAAAGGUCAUGCCAAUACCAAAGGAUUUUUCCAUGGUAGACACCAGCUGUUUGCUGAAGAAUCCACUUGAUAAACUAAACAGUGACCCUGACCUGAGCCUUGACCCUGUGGUAAAUCUGGAGUCAAGGUCCUACACUGAAGGGUCAACUAUUGAGAGGUCAAGGCCACUGGAGGACUAUACCAUGAACAAGGGAAUGUUAGAGACACCAGAACGCUCCCAGAGUGGCAGAUAUUCACCUGAUGUAAACAUUAUUACAUUGACAGACCCAUUCCUGGACAUGGCGGUAUCCCCAGUGGACAAUAAAAAGUUGAUGGUGCAGGGUGUGCCUCCCACCUCCACCCCCAUGCUGGGUACUGACGGGCUCAAUAAUGACGUGAUCAUGGCCCGCCCUCUGGAGGAGAGCUACCUAGAGACACACCCACAGGAGACCUCCUUCCAUAUCUUUAAGGAUGAGGAGAGCGGGGAGGUGCCUAGGACAGGGGAGACAACACAGGGAUCAAUGAAAAAUGAGACUGACAAGAAAGGCAAAAGGCUUGAAAGUCCAAAGCCCCCAGAGCUGGAAGACUCUACAAAAAUUGGGAGCCCGAAACCCAAGAUAAAGGCCCCUCAACAGCAGUCCCCUAGACCCUGGGGUAGCCCCUUCCCAAGGAACAGGAAAACCCCAACCAUUGUUCUCACUGAUGUUGACCAUUCAGAUUUCAAGAGGAUGAAUAGUCCAAGCUACCAGCGCCCAGGCACGCCCAUGGUAAAGCAACCCCUGCACGGGUUUCACAAGCACAUGGCCAAGAAAAACAAGCCCGUUCCUGGGCGUCUGCUCCUCCCCAAGCCCCGGGUUGACCUCCUGCUGACCCAUCCACCGAUGUCCCCUUUGACCAAUGAGCUGCGAGAGGUGUUGACCCCCAGACUGACCACAUGUGUGGUGCCGCUCAACACUGUUGAGGAUAAAGGGCAGCCUCCAUUGUUCGUUAUUCAUCCAGUGUCCAAUGCUGGUUACAUGGAUGUCUACAGCACCCUGGGUAAGGAGAUGAGUGUGCCAUGUUUCGGGAUCAGAAAGACGUCCAGCACCCCGACUACCUCUGUCACUGCUAUGGCCAGGUACUAUAAGGUUGCCAUAGAGAUGAGCUAUCCAAACGGCCCAUAUAUUAUUGCCGGCUACUCCUUCGCUGCCCUUGUUGCCAUAGAAAUAGCCUUGGAAUUCCAGAGGUCUGGCAAACAGGUUGAAAAGGUCAUUGUGUUUGAUGGGUCCCCGCUGUACAUUCAGAGUCAACUCUCGCAUGACAUGAAGCAUCUGCCGCCUAAUGCCAACCAGUCAGAGGUUCACGAGGCCCUGGUGACUGGUGCUCUUGUCGGCUGGCUGAGCUACUUUCGACCCACAGGAAGCCGGCUGCUCAUGUACGGGCUAAUGAGAAAAUUGCCAUCAACUGCUGACAAGAUAGAGACUGCUGUCGAUCUGACAUUCGGCAAUGCUAUUGUUAGCAACACUAAGAACAAGACACGGUGGUUGACAGCCAAGGAGAAGGUCCUGCAGCAGCGGCGGCUGCCAGGGGCGGGGAAUAGGUUCGGGGACGCUGCACGGGAGAUCGUGCGCCUCAUGCGGAGGGACAAGGCCACAGAGUAUGUGGCGCAGGCACAGAUGGCUUACAAGUAUAGGACCACUGAGAAACUCACAGGUGACAUCUGGCUGUACCGCGUUAAGUCGAAGCCGAUUUCAGGGAACACAGAGCUUCCCGAGGAUUACGGGCUGUACGAAGUUACCCGGGGCAACGUGCAUGUGCGGCUGUACGAGGGACAACACUCCUCCCUCCUCACCGGAGAGUUCAUCAGCCCUCUGGCGGCAGACAUCAACAGGCUUCUGACGGGCACUGAGACCAACGUUGAAACUUCACUUGUGUAGACUAUAUAAUUUUGAGA